AUGCUUAACUCUCCUUCGCCUUCAAAUUCUUUCAGCCAGCAGUGCCACUUCUACCUCGCCGUCGACAGACUCCAGUUCACGAUGGAAACCCUAGUGGAUCUUUUGGGCAUGGCGGGUCGCCGCCCGUGCCUCCCAAUGGUAGUGUGCUGCAGCACGCGUGAUGAGCUCGACGCUGUGUGUUCCGCCGUGUCUAAUCUUUCGUCCUACGUUUAUGUUUCCUCCUUGUAUAGUGACCUAUCGGAAGCAGAACGAGUGCGGAUUUUGGAUAAUUUUCGGCAGGCAACUGGGAGAUGGAACCGAAUGGGAAGAGAUGAGGUUAAUGGGGAAACAGAAAAGGAAGAAGAGCAGAAAUCACAUUUGGUGGUUGUCACAAAUGCGUGCCUUCCCCUUGUUGGCUCAGUGGAGUCGCCUAUUAGUGCUCGCAUUUUGGUCAACUAUGAAUUGCCCACUAAGAAGGUACAUUUUCACCUUACAAUGGAUCUGAGGAGCCUAUGUUGA